CAGUCUGCAGACAAACCCCUCUCCGCCGGCCGGGUGUAGCUAGGUUAGCCGAAACAAGUGUCUGAAAUCGCCCUGUCCCCUUAAAAUGUCUCACCCUGUUCCGUCUGACAAGCCUUCAAACCCCGAAAACCCUCGUGUCUUCUUCGAUGUAGACAUUGGUGGAGAAAGAGCUGGUCGCAUAGUUCUGGAGCUCUUUGCUGAUAUCACCCCCAAAACUGCUGAAAACUUCCGGGCGCUGUGCACUGGAGAGAAAGGCACUGGAAAAUCGACUGGCAAGCCGCUGCACUUUAAAGGAUGCCCCUUCCACAGAAUCAUCAAGAAGUUCAUGGUCCAAGGAGGUGACUUCUCCAACCACAAUGGCACCGGGGGUGAGAGCAUCUACGGGGAGAAGUUUGAGGAUGAAAACUUCCACUACAAGCACGACAAAGUGGGUCUGCUCAGCAUGGCCAACGCCGGGCCGAACACCAACGGCUCUCAGUUCUUCAUCACUACUGUCCCCACUCCACACUUAGAUGGCAAGCACGUAGUCUUCGGACAAGUGUUAAAGGGGAUGGGGGUCGUCAAGAUGCUGGAGUCCAUCGAAACUAACGAGGACGCCCCCGUAAAGCCAUGCGUCAUCGCUGACUGUGGUGACCACGAGGACGGGGACAGCUGGGGCACUGGACCGAGCGAUGGAUCAGGGGACGUCCACCCAGACUUCCCCGAGGACUCCGACAUUGACUUUAAAGAUGUUGACAAAGUUCUCUCUGUUGCCGAGGACGUGAAGAACAUUGGAAACACUCUUUUUAAGAAUCAAGACUGGAAAGCUGCAGUCAACAAAUACGGCAAAGCCCUCAGGUACUUGGAGGUGAGCGGGGAGCUGCUGGAGGAGGGGGCGCAGAAGAAGCUGGAGCCCACGGCCCUCAGCUGCUUCCUCAACACAGCAGCGUGUAACCUGAAGAUGCAGCUGUGGCAGGACGCGGUGGACAGCUGCAACGAGGCUCUCGAGCUGGACCAAGCGAACACUAAGGCACUUUUCCGGAGGGCCCAGGCCUGGCAGGGGUUAAAGGAAAACAGCAAAGCCAUGACUGAUCUGAAGAAAGCUCAGGGAAUAGCUCCAGAAGACAAAGCUAUCAGCAACGAGAUGAAGAGGGUUCAGCUGAAAAUCCAGGAGGAGAAAGAGAGAGAAAAGAAAAUCUAUGCCAAAAUGUUUGCGUGAACGCUUCACCCAACGAUGCAAUGAGUUCUUUAAACCUUUAUCAAUAUUUGAAGUCAUCUCUAUGUGGGAAGCUGCACUCAGAGGAGGAGUCUAACCAGGUGAAAGUGUACAGUGUUUUCAGUCGGCAGGUCCCCUCAUGUUUUUGAGCGGGCACAUUUCUCACCGUCUGUGUUGUUUUAAGGGAAUAACUAUAGUAAGCUUCGACCUGUCUUAAUUCUGACAAGUGUCCUCACAGUAAUGAAUAGUCUGAUGCAUGGCCGACUCCACGGCGCUGAAGAACUGGUUAUCACUGAACACCGGCCCCUGUUCUUGCAUUUUGAAGUAGUUCAGCAAAGCAAAAGUUGUGUAUGUCGUCGUCUUGUUUCAUGGAUUUUGAUACAGUGCCCUCGGCCACAUUCAGUACGUCCAUCUGUUUUUAUUUAUGUUUUUUACAGAGGUCAACAAAACGAAAAAGGAUAACAGUCAAGAGUUGUUUAUUCAUUUCUGUGAUAUUAUCAUCUAAUGGUUUUAUGUACAACACUGUGCGGAUCAAAUACUGUCCUAAUGUACCUGGAAUAUUGAUGAAAUUAAAUUUAAUUUGAGAACAGCUUGUUUGCUUCUUCAAUUACAGAAGAUUUUGAAGGAAAUGUAUUAACUGUUACAGUUGGUUAAGUAGCUUUUCAAACACAAACAUAAAAAUCACUUCACUUUUUAACUAUUUUAAAGGUCUAACGCAGGGGUCGGCAACCCGCGGCUCUUUAGCUCCUCCCUCUGUAAAACAUAUGAAAAUGAAUAACUUAUUUUUAACAUUUUAAAUUGAAUUUAUCAUUGUUGUAAGCCUAAAGUGACUCUUAAAUUCUCCAAUUUUAAAAAUGUAAAGCCAAAUUCCCAUGGUCAUGGAAAACACUGAAAAACCAUGGUAUUUCACAAUCACAUUUUCAGGCCUGGAAAAGUCAUGGAAUUAGUAAAAAUCAAUUUAAAUUAUGGAAAAGUCAAGGAAUUUGUUGUGUAAAAUUGUUGUAAUAACCUUCUAUGCAACGCAGCACAACGCCAAAUUUAUUUUCCGUAGAUGUUGACUUAACAUCGCUUUAAUAUCGACGUGUGGCGAUGUUUCAUUUCGCAUCACGUUCGUUUCUUUAUUUUCGACCCACAUUGGAACAUCGAUGGCGCUGGCUGCUCUCCCAGGCUGACAGGGUCAAAGGAAAAGUGAGAAUUUAACCGCGCUCAGCUGGCUUUCUAAUACAUCUGAUCUGUGGUGAGAAACUAUCAAACAACAAGAGGGGUAAGAGUUAAAGACAUUUCCAGAACAAUCACACUGUAUCUGCUGAGAAGCAUCCAGCAGGUCGAGAGGAAGAGAGCGAUUUCUGCACCUCAGCGGAAAGCAGAGCAAAUGUACCGAUUAACUCACACAACUCCACUGCUGCUGCAAGUUUUGUGGCAGCUCAGGAGAUCGUAAAGGCACGGAGAGCCGUUCACUGACAGGGAAUACAUGAAAGAACCAUUAAUUAAAAUAUCAGAACACCUGCUCUCGAACUUAAAAUGUGCCCUUUACGCAAAGAUGUAGAAAUGGAAACAAAACAUCACCAGUCAGCUGAUCGAGGAGAUCAAUUUAGCUCCAGCGUAUUAAGCUGCCUAUCAAGAGAACGUUCUCUUUUUUUCCUUCUAUAAUUUCAUUAAUGCUACAAAACGUCAUUAUUUAAUGAAAAUACAAAGUUUGAGCACCAAGUAAUCACAAGUAGCCCACUGCUGCCACCUUGUGGUAAAACCUAUUAAUGAGAGCUCGUUUAGACCUAUUAGUAAUGAUAAUAAGCAUAUUUAGACAAAUAUACUGUGUUACCAUCAUUGCAGCACUGAAAGGCUCAGAUAUGUUUUUCCAGACAGAUUUCUUUGUUGCUUUUUUUGGCCAAAUAUGGCUCUUUAGUUAGUAAAGGCUGCCGACCCCUCGUUCAGUGUGUAGGAUUCAGUGACAUCUAGUGGUGAGGUUGCAGAAUGCACGAAACAUCGUUUGGUUUGUCCGUUUAGCAGAAUGGGACUAAUCAAUAUUCUAUUCAUAAUAUAUCGCAAAAUUAGUUAAAAGAAUUCUCUGUUCCACGUGUUGCAAUGUUCGUAAUGGCUGCAAAAAACGCUGCUGUCUACAAAACUGCUUCCAUUACAAGGUACAAUAUUCCGACCUCCUCCACCGUCGCCUUGUUUACUGUUGUGUGAAACUUUUGAC